AGAAGAACUAGAGAAGAACUUCCUGUCUGUCCUGUCUUACCAAAAAUGGCGGACACGUGUGGUCAAGUGUUACUGGGAUCAGGGCUCACCGUCCUCUCCCACCCUUUGAUGUACAUCAAAGUCCUGGUUCAGGUAGGACAUGAGCCACUGCCUCCCUCACUGGGUAGAAACCUGUUUGGCAGACAAGUCUACCAGCUGCCGGGACUGUUUGCUUAUGCAAAACACAUCAUCAAGAUUGAUGGGAAAGCGGGUCUCUUCAAAGGGCUUGGUCCAAGGCUGUGUGCCGGCACCAUCGGGACUGUCGUGCACAGCAAAGUUGUGCAGAAAUGUCAGGAACAAGGCACACCUCAGGUACUGGGCGGCCAGCAGAAGGCUGUGGAGGGCUCCCUACAGCACGUUGUUAACGAGACAACCAAAGAGAUGAUUGCUCGUUCCUGUGCCACCAUCGUCACACAUCCCUUUCAUGUGAUUACUUUGCGAUGUAUGGUCCAAUUUAUUGGGAGAGAAGCAAAAUAUGGUGGGGUCUUUGACUCCAUCGUCACCGUCUACAGAGAAGAAGGCAUACUGGGCUUCUUUGCUGGUUUGAUCCCUCGCCUGCUCGGUGACGUCCUGUCUCUGUGGAUUUGUAACCUGCUGGCUCACGUCAUCAAUACAUACGCCAUCGAUGACUCGAUGAGUCACACAGGAGAAAUCAAGAACUGCUCUCAGGCUGUGACGGGGUUCUUCGCCAGUAUGCUCACAUACCCUUUUGUUUUGGUGUCAAACCUCAUGGCUGUCAAUAACUGCGGGCUCGCUGGAGGCCUGCCGCCCUAUGCAUCAGUAUAUCCCACCUGGGUGGACUGCUGGAGGCAUCUAAGCAGAGAGGGCAACAUGAGCAGAGGCAACAGUUUAUUUUUCCGGAAGCUUCCAGCAGGAAAGACAUACGCGAUCGACCAGAAGAGAUUUUUUUAAAGCCUCAAGAGAACUGAGCUGAACAUAGUUGUGAUAAUAAAAAAAAGGAAAAAAAAUCAACAUUGCCUGAUCUGGGGGUUGGAACAGUCUGCACUUGAAUAUUUUUUUUUUGUAUGCACUUGUUUACUAUGAGUUUUUUUUUUUUUUUCUUAACCUGUCACCAUGUAAAUUAAAAAACGCAUUAGUUUCCAGUUAAUUUCAAGCAGGCUUUGUUUUAUUAACAGAAAUUUACAAUGAGUUGGAGCGUAACGGCUUUUCUCCUUUUUAAAACCCACAUGUACAAAAACUACUGAAGAACGGAUCAUGCUGUCAAACCAGUCUGCAUAAUGUAAGGACAGACCGAUGUGUAAGUGCUCCCCUACCCCAUGUUUUUUUUUUUUCUAUAGAUUAUCAAUUGACAAUGAUUUCCCUUCAUCCACGUGAUGGGAUUCGUUUGUUUGAAAACAGCACUUCAGUCUGCAUGUGGUAACGUCUAAUAAUUCACGUUAAUGAUCCAGUGGGACCUCUCGUCAUGUGGUAUUGUCUUGGUGUGUUUAAUUAUUGUAAAGCUCACUGCUGGGCGUGCGCGUAAUGCUAAUGAACAGGAGGGGGGAGAGACUGUGGGGGUUGUGUAGGAGCAUGUAUGAGUGUACAGAGGCAUGCAGAGUAGCCUGAGCUGACCACACUCUCUCUGGCACUCUGAAUAGUCAAAAAGGCUUGUAUCAACUCAUUCUGACUGACCCAAAUAAAAACUUGCUUUUUUGACCUUG